ACGAGCUUGUGCGAUCCUGGCUACAUGCGUCGCAUCAGUGUCAGGGGUGGUGGUUGGGCAUGCGAGCCUUCGUGAGAAACGUUAAUGUAGGAUAAUUACUGGCAAUAACAGAUUGCUCUCUCCUGACAAAGAGGCCACAGGUACAGCACCAUGUCCGAAUCGUCUGCUGAGAAGCGGACGGAGGGCGACUCCAAGACUCCAGUCGGCCCGUCAUCCCAGCCGGGCAGCACCAGCGCGGCAGCAUCGUCGGCUGCUGUUGCCAAACCGGCGAAACCCAACUACGUGCUCAAGUUUACACUGGCCGGCCACACGAAGGCUGUCUCGUCAGUCAAGUUCAGUCCGGACGGAAACUGGCUGGCCAGCUCCUCGGCCGACAAGCUGAUCAAGGUGUGGGGCGCGUACGACGGCAAGUUCGAGAAGACGAUCGCCGGCCACAAGCUGGGCGUGUCGGACGUGGCCUGGGCCGUCGACAGCCGUCUGCUGGUCUCCGCCUCCGACGACAAGACGCUCAAGAUCUGGGAGCUCAGCUCGGGCAAAUGCUUGAAGACGCUGAAGGGGCACAGCAAUUACGUGUUUUGCUGCAAUUUCAACCCGCAGUCAAACCUGAUCGUAUCCGGAUCGUUUGACGAGUCGGUGCGCAUAUGGGACGUGAAGACGGGCAAGUGUCUGCGCACUCUGCCGGCUCACUCCGACCCCGUGUCGGCCGUCCACUUCAACCGCGACGGCUCCCUCAUCGUCUCCAGCAGCUACGACGGACUCUGUCGGAUCUGGGACACGGCGUCCGGCCAGUGCCUGAAGACGCUGAUAGACGACGAUAACCCGCCCGUCUCGUUCGUCAAGUUCUCCCCCAACGGCAAGUACAUCCUGGCGGCCACAUUGGACAACACACUCAAGCUGUGGGACUACGCCAAGUGCAAGUGUCUGAAGACGUACACCGGCCACAAGAACGAAAAGUACUGCAUUUUUGCCAACUUCUCUGUGACAGGAGGCAAGUGGAUUGUGUCGGGCUCAGAAGACAACAUGGUGUACCUCUGGAACCUGCAGACAAAGGAGGUGGUCCAGAAAUUGCAAGGCCAUAAUGACGUCGUGCUGUGCACGGCGUGUCACCCCACCGAGAAUAUCAUUGCGUCGGCCGCGCUCGAGAAUGACAAGACGAUCAAGCUGUGGCGCUCCGACACGUGACGUGGCGUGGCGCAGCCGCCGCCAAUGGCCGCCAGGCUGGCGCCGGUCGUCCCCAGCCCCGGCGGCGGCGGCGGCGGCGGCGGCGGUGGAGUGGCCCGGCGUUGUGCUCUCCCCUGGCGAGGCACAGCGACAGGUUGUGGAUACGUUAUCGAGGAGCAUCAGUGCGGCAUUCUCGCGCAUGUGGGUGAUUCGACAAGGCUCUCCCCACCUCGCGGGCAUGCGCCGUUGACGGGAGGCUUCCGUCGACACUGUCGACAGGGGUAGCCUCUCGGACGUGGUAUUCUGGGCCUUUGAGGCAUGGAGACGGUGAAAUGCAUCGUGUGCGUGAAGAAAGCGAAUGUUCCGCGCCCGGCAGGUUCCCUAUGUGCAUCAUUUGUAUCGCGCGUCAUGGACGGAGAGAGGCGUUCCGAUACUUUUCCGUUGUCUUCGGUCUCUCUUGGACGCAUGCCGAACUUGUCGAUUAAUGGCGUGCACUUUUGCGAUCACUUUGUUUUUCGCAUAAUUUCCAAUCGGCAUUGACAUUGAACCGUCGCGGAGGGCAGGCGCGGAAGUGUUUUAAUCCAUUCAUCGUGUUAUCACCAUUGUCAAUAAAUAUGACGAA